AUGCUGGCCGCCACCGUUCUUGCGUUGCUUGUAUCAACAGCUCAGGCGCAUGAGCAUCACGAAGAUAAGAUCCCCGAAGGCGAGGCCAUCUCGCCAGACCCCCUGGAUACGACACUAUGGAUCCAUAUCCUCCUCCAGAUAUUCGCAUGGGGCAUCCUGUUCCCUGUGGGCAUGGUAUUGGGCAUUGUCCGCUCCCGAUGGCAUGUUCCUGUCCAGAUAGUCGCUACGGCGCUCGCCAUUCUAGGCUACCUACUCGGCCACGCUCACAAAGGUCGCCAAUUCGGCAAGAACGUACACGCGCAAUACGCCCCCUGGUUGAUGAUGAUGGUCUUCGCCCAAGCCGCCAUGGGCAUCUACCUCAGGCUCCAUCUUGAGCGCGGCUUCAACGGCAAGAUUAGGAAGUGGAUUGUUUCUGCACACGGUAUACUCGGCAAGAUCAUCCCGCUGGCUGCAUGGGUGCAGAUGCUCUUUGGCGGAAUCACUGCCUUGGGCUUCUGUCAAGGCGACCAUACCGGUCAGUGUGCAGCUCACUUCAUCAUGGGCUCUGCCUUCAUCGCCUACGGAAUCAUCUACACCAUCCUCCUUCUCGUUGGUCAGAUCUGGCUGCGUCGCACCGGCCGUUCUCAGGAGUUCUACGACAGUGUGGUCAUUGCUGCAUGGGGUUGUGUCAAUACUUUCACCGAACACAGAUGGGGAACUGCCUGGGUACGCAAUGAUCUGCAACACACGGCCAUGGGUGUCAUUUGGUGGUGCGCCGGCCUCUUGGGCGUCUGGCUCAGUCGCGACCGCCGUGGCCGUCCUAAGCGCAACUUGAUCCCUGCCAUUGUCAUCGCCAUCACUGGAUGGGCCAUGAGUGGUCACCCCCAGGAAUUGCAUCUCAGCACCAUGGUACACAGCGUUUUCGGAUACACCUUGAUGGCCGCAGGUAUCACUCGCAUCAUUGAGAUCAGUUUCGUCUUGAAGGACAACAACUCGAUCUCUGAGGAUGGCGAGGACACCAACAGCUUCCAAUUCCUGCCUCCCUUCUUGCUGUACGCUAGUGGCUUCCUGUUCAUGGGCGCUACCGAAGAGCAGAUGUUGCUCUUGUCAAACGCUGGUGUCACCCACGUCGCUUACAUCCUGAUCCUCUACAGCAUUGCUUUCCUCCUCUUCCUUUUCGUCAACAUGCUCCUUCGACUCUACACCUACUACGUCGAUUCGCCAACCGAUACCAAGUCGGCCGAUCCCGAAAGCAGACUCAACGGCUCUGCCAUGCCCAACGGUCAUGCCCGCAUUCCAGAUGCAAGCGACCGUCAAAUAAGAGAUGCAGAAGAGUUCGAACUGGAAGGUCUAAUGAGCGAGGACGAUGAUGAUCUGCCGAAGCGCCACAAUUAG